AUGCUUAAUCAUGCUCUUGGUAAUCUUCUCAGUGAACGAAGUGUAAACAUUUCCUUCGUACCGUUCCAAAAGCAUCGAAAGGGACGAAAACUUCAACACGAAUCUCACUUCUUUCUCGGGUUUGGACCUUUUAUAACAAAUGAAGUGAAGCAUCAUCAGAAAGCGUGUCAUGUUCAAAGAUUGUCACGCAAUGUGGAAAAUAAAUAUAAAAUUAUCAAAUUAAGCGAUAGAAGGUUGUCAUUGAACAACGCCAAUGACAUAAAAAGACAACAAAUUGUCUUCGCAAAUGAUCAUAACUUUUGCUGUUUAAUGGAAAAUCCUCAAGUGUCAAUUUCUUUUAUGUUAAAUUGUUGUCAUUUAAGCUGCGAUGAGUUUCCGUUGACGAAUAGAGUAUUGAUCACGACACUCUUGACAUGUUUCAAUGAAACUCAUGAUUGCUUUAUCUUGAAUGAAGAAAUUGUGCUAUCGUUAGUUCAAGCGCAGCAUGACGUCAAAACUUUUGAAAUUUCCGCAUCUAAUCUCGGUAAGUGA